AUGGCAAACACCCUCACGCACGGGAAGCUCGCGUAUGCCAAUGCGGGUCAACUCACGGCACAACGUCUGUCGAUCGACAGCAAUGUGUCGAUUGACAGCCAAGUACGCCAGAGUUUUGCAGUUCCUGGGAUGAACAUGGCUGCGAUCAAUGCGCAUGCAAUCAUAAACUUUUAUACUGUGGAAGAGAGCCUGUUUGCAGAUGUUGAGGACAUCUUGCAUGACAUCGAUGAGAUCCUGACAAAGUCCACCGACAAGAUCGUUGGAGAAAAGGUUAUUCUGCACUCGAUAGCAAACGACUUGCACAAUGUAAAUGGAGAGGAAGGCAGAAUCAAACAAGUCAUGGAUAACAACAUGGCGGUUGUAGUGUUGGAUAGGUCGAACAAGGAGGUAACAUUACCACUUAGCAAGCUCAAGAGGAAUCUGCCUCUCAUCGUCAGGGAUUGGGCAUCAUCGAAGAUUGGCGUCCAGCCUCAAGUGGUUGUCAGUGGACUUCUGAUCGAUGGAGAGGAUCUUCCAAUGUUCAACACGUUCAAGGGACUUGGGCCGCAAGCUGAGAUCCAGAUCCUUGGUUACUUCGACCUUCGACCAGGGACGUCAACGGUACCUGGUCAGCAGCAAGUUGCGAGUUGA